AUGGGCGCCUAUCUCUAUGGGCGCCUAUCUCUAUGGGUGCCUAUCUCUUUGGGCGCCUAUCUCUAUGGGCGCCUAUCUCUAGGGGUGCCUAUCUCUAGGGGCGCCUAUCUCUAUGGGCGCCUAUCUCUAUGGGCGCCUAUCUCUACGGGCGCCUAUCUCUAUGGGCGCCUAUCUCUAGGGGCGCCUAUCUCUAUGGGCGCCUAUCUCUAUUGGCGCCUAUCUCUAUGGGUGCCUAUCUCUUUGGGCGCCUAUCUCUAUGGGCGCCUAUCUCUAGGGGGGCGCCUAUCUCUAUGGGCGCCUAUCUUUAGCGGCGCCUAUCUCUAUAGGCGCCUAUCUCUAGGGGCGCUUAUCUCUAUGUGCGCCUAUCUAUAUGGGCGCCCCCCUUUAGGGGCGCCAAUCUCUAGAGGCGCCUAUCUCUUUGGGCGCCAAUCUCUAUGGGCGCCUAUCUCUAUGGGCGCCUAUCUCUAUGGGCGCCUAUCUCUAGGGGCGCCUAUCUCUAUGGGCGCCUAUCUCUAUGGGCGCCUAUCUCUAUGGGCGCCUAUCUCUACGGGCGCCUAUCUCUAUGGGCGCCUAUCUCUAGGGGCGCCUAUCUCUAAUGGCGCCUAUCUCUAUGGGCGCCUAUCUCUAGGGGCGCCUAUCUCUAUGGGCGGUCGCCUAUCUCUAGGGGCGCCUAUCUCUAUGGGCGCCUAUCUCUAUGGGCGCAUAUCUCUAUGGGCGCCUAUCUCUACGAGCGCCUAUCUCUAUGGGCGCCUAUCUCUAGGGGCGCCUAUCUCUAGUGGCGCCUAUCUCUAUGGGCGCCUAUCUCUAGGGGCGCCUAUCUCUAUGGGCGCCUAUCUCUAUGGGCGCCUAUCUCUAUGGGCGCCUAUCUCUUUGGGGGCGCCAAUCUCUAGAGGCGCCUAUCUCUUUGGGCGCCAAUCUCUAUGGGCGCCUAUCUCUAUGGGUGCCUAUCUCUAUGGGCGCCUAUCUCUAGGGGCGCCUAUCUUUAUGGGCGCCUAUCUCUAUGGGCGCCUAUCUCUAUGGGCGCCUAUCUCUACGGGCGCCUAUCUCUAUGGGCGCCUAUCUCUAGGGGCACCUAUCUCUAGUGGCGCCUAUCUCUAUGGGCGCCUAUCUCUAGGGGCGCCUAUCUCUAUGGGCGCCUAUCUCUAUGGGCGCCUAUCUCUAGGGGCGCCUAUCUCUAUGGGCGCCUAUCUCUAUGGGCGCCUAUCUCUAGGGGCGCCUAUCUCUAUGGGCGCCUAUUUUUAG